ACGAGAAUGUGGGUAACAGAAGCCUUACAGCACGGGAAACUGUGCGUGCCCAAGCCUUCUGGCAGAACGCUGAGGAGCCUCGGCUUAGCUGCACCGCAGUGCCUCACCAGCCGCACGGCGCAACCCUUUCGGGACCGCGCUCGGCCAAGCGAAAGCGAUUCCGAGUGCCCUCGGGGAGCUGGGAGACGGCCCGCGGCCUGCGCCGCUCCCGCCCCGUUUCCUGCGGAGGAGGCGGGGCGGCACACGGUGGACACGGAGCCGGGCUCUCGACAUGUCGGGCGCGGAGCGGUGGCGGGCGGCAGACCACGUUCAAUUGGACAGCAGACCUACAUCAACCACCACAGAUGGAAAUCAGAACAUGACAGAAGUGGAUGCAUUUGAUACAAGACAAACACUUGACCCUGCGGAGCAAUACAAAAUGAACCAUCAAAGAAGAGGAGUUGCGUUAAUCUUCAAUCAUGAGUACUUUUUUUGGCAUUUAAAGCUGCCAGAAAGACGUGGGACUUCGGCAGACAGAAACAAUCUGAAACGCAGUUUGACAGACCUUGGAUUUGAUGUCAGAAUUUUUGAUAAUCUGAAAGCAGAAGAUGUACUGCAGAAAGUUCUUGAAGCCUCUCAGGAUGACCACAGCAAUGCUGACUGCUUUGUUUGUGUGUUCUUGAGUCAUGGUGAGAAUGAUCAUGUCUACGCAUUUGAUGACCAAAUCAAAAUUGAGACAAUCACAAACAUGUUCAGAGGAGACAAGUGCCAGAGUCUGGUAGGAAAGCCGAAGAUAUUUAUAAUUCAGGCGUGUCGAGGUGACAAACAUGAUGAUCCGGUUCUCGUUCGGGAUUUAGUAGACAGCAAAGAUGAAACCACUGUUAACCAGACUGAAGUGGAUGCAGCUGGCAUCUAUACCCUGCCUGCUGGUGCAGACUUUAUUAUGUGCUAUUCUGUGGCACAAGGUUACUUUUCUCACCGCGAAACUGUAAAUGGCUCCUGGUACAUUCAAGAUUUGUGCGAGGCACUCAGGAAUCACGGCUCUUCCUUGGAGUUCACAGAACUUCUCACUGUUGUUAACAGAAAGGUUUCUCAUCGCAAAGUGGAUGUGUGUAGAGAUAUAAAUGCUAUAGGAAAAAAACAGAUUCCUUGUUUUGCUUCAAUGUUGACAAAAAAAUUGUAUUUUCAUCCAAAAUCUAAGUAGGCUGCUAUUUAACAAUUACAUUCUUUAAUGCUCACUGCAGAAGUGAGAAAACUAUCAUCUUAGAUUGAGAGAUUAAUACUCUAUAAGAUUAUUUGCAAAAACACUGGGAUCAAACCUUACAGUUUGUCUAUGCAAUAGUUUUUAAAAUCUUAAGGCAAAUUUAAAACUAAUAUUACAGCUCUGUUCAUCUCAGGGAAUUUGGAUAAAGUUUACUGGUGCUAGAUCCGUAAGAGGUGCUCAGAUUUUAUUAAAAUUGGUACUCUAGAUAACUUCUAAGGAAAAACAAAGAUUUUUGCUUGAUUUAUCAGUUUAAUUAUGGCACAUUUUUAACUAUUUCCAGAACUUUUUAAACACCGUAUUCGGUUAGCUUCUCUUGCUCCAAGAGUACAGUUUACAGGAAAUACUUGUGAGGCAUAUUUUUUUUUUUUAUAUGUGUACAACAGUGUCCAUCAUCUAAUUUUUAUGCAUUUAUUGAGGGUGGAGUUUAAGAUUUUUUUUUCCCUCUCAACACUAAAAAUGUACUUCAUUCCUUGAGUGCAGUCGUAAUUCUAAUGCAAAUAAAGGGCUUCUUUUGCUGGCACAUAAUUUUAAUUUGUGCCCCAAUUACAGCUUGCUGGUGCUUUGCAUCCUCAGGGGAAAGAAAGCAGUAGUGAAUAGCUUGCUUUGGAAUAGCAUGACUUUGGGUACAAACACACUCCUUGACAGGGGUAAGCUCAUCUUGUACACAUCACUAAAGCAAACGAUUUAUAGAUUUCAGGUUCACUUGCAACUCUUCUAGCUGUCUUUAGGCAGCUCUGCAAUAUACAAUAUAAGCAAGCCUUAAUACUUCAAGUCUUGGUGUUGGACCAGGCUCUGCCUCCUCUGGGCUCCAGAGAUCAGCGGCACACUUUCAUUUUGUAUACAGAACUGAUAAUACACUUGACAUCAUAGGACAUUACAGGUUGCUACUACUGCAGCAUUAGUAAUCACAAUACUUAAUAGAAGCAAUUUUUAAAAUUAAUUUUUACAUUAUUGGUACAUAAUGCUUAACUCUAGUGGACAAUGGAGAACUCAAUCUGAGGAAUGUUAAAUUCAUUUUUCUGGGUAUAAAAUAAUUGAUUUACUGGCUCUAGUUAAAUCCUUUCAUAUACUGUGUUCUAAGUCACAGAUAUUAAAUCUUAAUAUGGCUAUUUUGAAGCUUUGAGUAAAUCAUGUAUAUGUGAAUGUUUUGGUAAGUUCUUUCAAUAAAAUGCAACAGUAAAACAAAUAAUUUUACAGUAAA